GUGGAUCUGGACUAUUGACAGAAUUGAGCUGGCAACGGCAGCCAAGAGCUGUUCCUCGUUUGUCCUCACUUCGCAGAGGACAUUGACGGAAACGGAAGUCGUUUCUUAGAAUGGCCGAAAAGGACUAUCAUUUCACGUGCCGCUCAUAAUGUUUUGGUACGACCGCAGAUGCGGGGGCGAGAGAUCGCGAUUUGUAGUUAGCAGAUUGCCAAGUGGAGCAUGCGACUAGGCUGGCAUUCGUUCACUGCCGCUAACUGUCGCCACUGGGCCUCAGGUUGUUUCGUCCAUGUGGCAGCCUGCCAUCUCUCCCCAUGUUCUGCCGUUCCCGACACUGCGUCAAGCAUAGAGCAGUGCCCAGACUGUGUUGGCCGGUGGUACCGUCAGACGGCCACUCAAGGCCAAAACUUCAACCCGAGAAGCCAAGUGCUAGCUAUCGAUGCAAGAUCCGCGUCUGCUCUCAGCAACUUUCAUUCCUCCCGAGGUGGCUGAUUUUCUUGCGAUGCCGUGCUAGUAGGGUAAUCACCUAACUUCUUCGUACUGGAGCCGCCAUGCCGCAUUCCUCACAACGGAUCGCUUCGCCGUCCGAAUCGCAAUCCUCGUCGCUUGCCGUCAAGCCGUGGUCCGCAGAGGAGGACGCGGUUCUGCUGCGCCAUGUGCUGCCUUGCGGCACGAGGCAGUGGGGGGAGUUGGGGAGGAGCGGUCAGCUGAAGAGAAACAACAAGUCGUGCUGUAACCGCUACAUCUUCCUCAGAAGGAAGUUCGUGCAACGCUUUCAGGAGAAUCUCCUGAGACUGCAUCUGGGAGGCGCUGCAUUCCCCCAACACAUAGCCUUGGACGCGCACAGCCAGUUGCUGCUGAGGCGUGAUGGCCAGCAGCAGCAGCAGCAGCAGCAGCAGCAGCAGCAGCAGCAGCAGCAGCAGCAGCAGCAGGCUGGCGUGGGUUCACCCUGGUCGCCAUCGCCUGCUCUUACUUUCGGUGGGCUGUCGUUUGAUGAGUGCAGGAGCGUCUUCCUCUCACCCAAUGCACACCGCCCAACAGCCCACGCGAGCCUCGUGUCUGCCUUCAGCGCUGCUGCUGCUUCCCAUGCCGCGGUUCUCUCCACAACACAAGCAGACCCCUCAUCAGCCUUCGUCCCUGAUACUGCUUCCCAUGCCGCUGCGUUCUCCACCGCUGCUGCUGUCCCAGUUGCUCCCACCUCCACUGGUGCUGCUGUCUCCAGUGCCGCUUCUUGCACCUCCUCUGCUGUGGCUGCUGCAGUUUCCGGUGCUGCUUCUUUCCCCAAUGCCGCUGCAGUCUCCAGUGCUGGGUUGAUCGAUGCAGCGUUUUCGAAUGCGGCUGCUGCCCUCAAGUUGCCCAUGAAGCGAGCAAGGGGUGACUGCGGCGGGCUUAUGGUGAGCCAAUCCCUGCGGGGUCUGGCUGGGAUUGGGUGGGCCCACCGCACACUGCGCCACUCGCAGUCCUUGGACGGCCGUCUCCUGCAGCAGGGUGGGGAGAGGAGCCAUGUGCACUCAGCGGUGUGGCCUCGCGUGGCGUCGGAGAGCGCCCUUCCAGACGAUGUGCUGCUGGGAUCCAGCUGCGAGGGCCCUCGCUACAGCGUGCCGCAUGCACCACUGCCAGCACCACUGCUAGCACCCCUGCCAGCUCCACUGCCAGCACAACUGCCAGCCACUCUCUCCACGCAGCCACAGGCAGCACUGCCAGCGCCUCUGCUCAACCAACUCUCAGAUCUGUCUGGUUCUGUUCCCGGGACUAUAAGCAGCUGCUUUGGAGGGCCGCUAUCCUUUGAGAAUGGCUCUGUGGGACAGGAGCUGGUCCCGGCCAUGGGCCCAUGCAGCAUGGCGCCAGAGAUCGACCCUGCGGCUCUGACUGGUUCUGUUCCCGGGGAUAUAAGCAGCUUCUUAGGAGGGGUGCUCUCCUUUGAGAAUGGCUCUGUGGGACAUGAGCUGGUUCCGUCCAAGGGCUCAUGCAGCGCGGUGCAUGAAAUCGACCCUCUGCUUCUGUACGCGCGUGCCUCUCACCUGUGUCUGGCUGAGUGUGUUCCCCAUGUGCACUUGGCCACUGAGCCUCAGGGACAGCCUCUCGCAGCCUGCCUUCCCGAGCCAGUGCUGCCAGAGUGGUUGCUGGAACAAGGGGGGACGGGGGUGGGGGAUGUUCAGGUGCACAGGCAUGAACACCCGGUGGGACAAGGAGUGAGUGUGGAAGGAGUAAGUCCACCGCAGAGGUGCCAGCAGCAGCAGCUGAAAGGUCAUCAGCGUCUGGAGCUCGUGCGCAUUCCCUCGCUGCUUUCGCACCUUCCACUGCCAGAGCCACUGGCACAACCACAACCACUGCCACUGCCACGGCCACUGCCACUGCCACAACCACUGUCAGAGCCACUGCCAGAGCCACUGCCACAACCACAAUCACAACCACUGCCACUGCCACUGCCACUGCCACAACCACUGCAAGAGCGACUGCCACAACCACUGCAAGAGCCACUGGCAGAACCACAACCACUGCCACUACCAUGGCCACUGCCACGGCCACAACCACUGCCAGAGCCACUGCCUCUAGAACAGGCAUUGGCACUGGCACCGUCACAGGCAUUGGAACAGGCGUUCGCGCUCGCGCCGUCACAGGCGCUUCUCCUGUCUGCUCUUUCCCAACAGCCACUGGCCCUUGGCGCAACCAGUACUAACCCUCCAGGCGCACAGUACAUGCCCGCAAUCCCCAGGGGCUCACACAUACGACCAAGCCCUGCCUUGCUGCACAAGCCAUUAAUCCCUUCACCAUACUGCAUGCCUGCUGCCCCGUCGCACUUACAACCACGCCCUGCCUUUCCGUGGGAGUCCCGUAUCCCUUCUCCAGAUCUCAUGAGCCCGGCGCCUGUUCCUUGGCCCAGCACGGCUGAUGAUGCUCCAGGAGGUGAUGGGGCUUCUUUGCAUGCCACGGUUGCUCCUGGCAUCGACCCGAACAUGCUUGCCUCAACUAACUUAUUUGAGCUUGGAGGAACAACUGACGUGAAGCCCGAGAGUGGCCGCUGGGAUGGAAGCAUGAUUUUCCAUAGCGAGAAUUUGCAUGUACCGUAUGGCUUUCCAGAUACAGCCAUGUGCCUUCCUAGGAUGCCACCAUCCGCACAUAUACUCCAGGUUCAUCAGGGUUCUCCAGGGUGGCUUAACGCCUGAUGUCAUUGUUAAAGCCUGUGGCCCAAAACGUUCAUGCUUUAAAAUAACAUGUGUAUUAGUUA